UAAAGAAAGAGAAAAAAAAGGGUAAUGACGAUUUCAAAUCGAUCUUAUUGCUUUUCUAGCAUUGUUACCUUGUAUUUCUUCUUCUUGGUUUUCCUCGUUCUACAUACUUUUGCUUCUCCCUGCGGUCAUGAUCAGAGAGAUGCUCUUCUGGAGUUCAAACACGAGUGUCUGGUAAAUAAAUCCUACUCAACUCCACUUUUAAGUUCAUGGAACAAGAGUAGUGAUUGCUGUUCUUGGGAGGGUGUCACCUGCGAUGAUAAAUCAGGCAAAGUGAUUUCACUCGACCUUAAAUUCACCCCUCUGAACAAUAGUUUGAAACCAAAUAGUGGUCUUUUCAAACUCCAGCAUCUUUGCAGCCUAACUCUUCAAAAUUGCGGUCUCUACGGAGAGAUUCCUUCUUCGUUAGGAAACCUCUCUCGUCUCACAAAUCUUGACCUUUCGUACAAUGGUUUAGUAGGCGAACUUCCGGCUGCUUCGGUGGGAAACCUCUCUUCUCUAACUCGUCUCGACCUUUGGCGUAACGAUUUAGUAGGUGAAGUUCUAGUUUCAAUCAGAAACCUAACCCUACUAGAAUACAUAAGUCUUGGUUAUAACAAGUUUGGUGGAUAUACUCCCGCUUCAUUUGCCAACUUUAUCAAACUGUCCACUUUUGAUAUCUCACACAACCAAUUCACCGGUGAAUUCCCUUUUCCACUACUAAAUUUAACCACCAGUUUGUCUAUUUUAGGCAUUGCCAACAAUCUAUUCAAAUCCACGUUUCCCUCUGACAUGAGUGGAUUCCACAGCUUGGAGUAUCUCGACGUGAGUGGAAACUCAUUCUCAGGACCCUUUCCUACAUCCUUGUUCACGAUUCCUUCGCUGAGCUCAGUUAAUCUGGAGGGAAACCAGUUUAAAGGACCUAUAGAAUUUAAAAACAUAUCUUCAUCCUCUCAGCUUGGAACUCUAUACCUUGCUCAAAAUAAAUUCGAUGGGCCUAUCCCAAAAUCCAUAUCGAAUUUUCAUAACCUCCAUAUCCUAGACGUAAGCCACAACAGUUUAAGUGGGCCGGUCCCGACCCCGAUAUUCUCAAAUUCCGACAAUCUGAAGAGGCUUUAUCUUUCGAACAAUAAACUGGAAGGCGAAAUACCGAGUUGGUUUGGAGGCGUGUUGAUGUUGUUGGUUUCUCACAACUCUUUCACCAGUUUUGGAAAAUCACUUGACCUUUUCGGUUUGGACCUCCUUACACAAACGUUGGAUUUUAGUUCGAAUUCAUUCCAAGGACCGUUACCCCAUUGGAUCUGCAAUAUUAAUCCGUUAACGCGUUUAAAUCUUGAUUUGUCCAACAAUAACUUCAGCGGCUCCAUCCCUCAGUGUUUGGGGAAUACAAUUAUUGGUUUCAAAGGGCUGAAUCUGCAAAACAACAACCUCAGUGGAGUUCUUCCGGAUGUAUUUGUCGAUGCUACCGAGUUGGUUUCAUUUGACGUAAGCAACAACCAGCUAGAAGGAAAGCUUCCGGAAUCAUUGAUCCACUGCAUUUCUUUGCUGAUUUUAAACGUGCAAAACAACAGAAUCAAGGACAAGUUUCCAUCUUGGCUAGGCCCACUGGUGUUAUUAAAUGUACUGAUCAUAGGAUCAAACGAUUUCUACGGUCCGUUGUAUCAUCCUCACGUGUCCGUUGGGUUUCAAAGUCUAAAAAUCAUCGAUAUAUCGCGUAAUAAUUUCAACGGAACUUUGCCGCCUUUCUACUUUGCCAACUGGCCUGAAAUGACCAUGUUAACCGAAUAUGGUGAAGGAUACAUGGAAGAUGGUUACCCCUACCAUAUUUCGAUGGAAAUGGUGAACAAAGGAGUUUAUAUGUUAUUUGAGCUGAUCCGGACCGACUUCAGAGCUAUCGACUUUUCAGGAAACGAGUUUUCUGGUGAGAUCCCCACAUCCGUUGGAUUGUUGAAAGGAUUGCGUCUUCUCAACUUGUCAGGUAAUGCAUUCACAAGCGAUAUACCUCAAUCUCUGGCAAAUCUGAUUAGCCUUGAAGCACUAGACCUAUCUCGGAAUCAGCUGUCGGGUCAGAUUCCUGUAAAUUUAGGCAGCCUCUCUUUCUUGUCGGUCAUAAACUUCUCCCACAACAAUCUCCAAGGUCCAAUACCGCGAGGUACGCAGUUUCAAAGACAAAAUUGUUCUGCAUUCAUUGGCAAUCCCAAGCUCUUCGGUCUCGAAGAUAUAUGUGGAGAAACUCAUCACGUCCCGAGUCUUCCACCACCACAACAAGAAGCAGAGGAUUUGUCGGAGCCGAAAGAACAAGUGAUUAGUUGGAAAGCAGCUGUGAUUGCCUAUGUACCUGGUGUGUUCUGCGGAUUGGUGAUUGGACAUAUCUUCUCUCCUUUCAUACACAAGUGGGUCAAGUAAACGCUAUGUCGAAACAGUCACCAGAUGAGCACCAUCUUCUCUUUUUAAAUGUUUGUGAAGCAUAUGUAUGUGUGGGUGAUCUCCAACUGUCAUUUACUAAGUUAUGAUUAUAUACAAUUUGAUCAUGCAUUUUGAAACUUCUUCUUACAUAUAUCUAAGAUAUAAUAAUUUUUUACCUGUUAAAUAAAAUAUUUUGGUUAUU